AUGGAGAGCAUCUCGGUUUCUGUGCUGGGCUUCUUGUCUGAAAUCACAACAAAUAAAGAAGACAACAGAGAAAUCACUGUGACACAAGGAGGAAUCUACAGGUGUGAUGGAAAGAGAGGAAAUCCUGUCUUCACCAGCCUUCUAAGCCAUGACGUUACCAUUGAAACAACCUCUCCCAAUAAACCCAGUUUGAUUCUGCAACCCAACUGGUCUCAGAUCUACAGAGGAGAGAAAGUCACUCUGAGAUGUGAGAUUCAGGGAGGAACUGAGUGGACGUAUGAAUGGAGAUCAACCAAUGGAAACUCUCCAUCAUCCAGUGAAUACAGCAUCAUAUCAGCUACUCAUUACCACAGUGGAGAUUACAGCUGUAGAGGAAACAGAAACUUUGAGCUAACAGAGUGGAGUGAUGCUGUCAGACUGACUGUGAUAUCGUUUCCCCCUCAGCCUGUCCUCUCUGUGUCUCCAUCAUGGCCGAAUCCUGGAGCCCCAGUGACUCUGAGCUGUGAGGGUUUAAAGCAUCAAUCAGAAGGAUGGAGGUUCUUCUGGUAUAAAGCUGUUCCUGAUCCACCCCGCAGAUACUACAGCUAUGAGCUGUUGCCUGGCAGCACCAAUGGGACUGAGCAGAACUCCUUCAUCAUUAAUGGAUCGACUCACACAGCAGGAUUUGUGUGCAGAGCAGGAAGAGGAGAACCAAAGUUUUACACUUAUUACAGUGAACCAAAGUUUAUCUGGUCUGCAGAUCCUCGUCCAGCAGCUUCUCUCUCAGUGAAUCCUGACAGAGUUCAACACUUCAGAUCUGACUCUGUGUCUCUGAGCUGUGAGGGAAACUCUGCUGAGUGGAGAGUGAUGAGGUUUACAGAACGAGACGGACUGUCAGACUGCUCCUACUGGGGGACAAUGACUGGAUCUACAUGUACCAUUAACCCGUACUAUUAUAGGGAUGGAGUGUUCUGGUGUGAGUCAAAAUCUGGAGAGUUUAGCAACGCAGUCAACAUCACUGUACACGAUUAUAAUCAUGAUGUUAUUAUCCUGGUGAGCCCUGUUCAUCCUGUGACUGAGGGAGAUCCUGUUACUCUGAGCUGCAGAUAUAAAAAACAAAAUCUUCUCUCCAAUGUGAUUUUCUAUCAUAAUAAUAAACUCAUCAAUAAUGACAACAGAGAGGAGCUGAAUAUCUCUGCAGUGUCAAAGUCAGAUGAAGGUUUCUACAAAUGUCAACAUUCAGGAAAAGAGUCACCAAGGAGCUGGAUGUCUGUUAGAGUAACUGUAUCCAGUCCUGUCAGUUCUUCAUUUCCUGUCAUGUUGAUCAUUGGACCAGUUGUUGGAAUCGUUCUCAUUAUUCUCAUUAUUCUCCUUCUCUUGUUGUGGCGCUGCAGACGGUCCAAAGAUUUAAGCAGUAACAGAUUGAAUCAACCAGAGAGCAUCAAUCCAGCCUCAGCUACAAAUCAUGAAGUGACCCAGAAUGACGGUUCUGUUUACAGUUCUCUGCUUCAUGGUGACACUUCCCUCUAUGAGACAAUCCAACUCAGCAGAGCCUCAGGAAACGCAGAGAAGAUUCAUCAUCCAGCAGAAGAUACUGACUAUGCUAAUUGCUAACCCAGGAAAGAGGAAUGUGAUGGUUGGUUCUCCAGCAGGGUUGGUCCAAGGCAAAGGCAAG